AUGAUGGAGGGUCAGGAUUAUGCAGAAGAGGACGAGGGUCUGUUCCGCUUUGACAACGAGGAAGAUGAGAACGCCUUUCUGAGCGGCCUGAACGAGGAAGACUUCAUGGAGCCUCUGACACCGGUCGGAUCGGCUGAGCCCACCGCCCCAGCCGCACUCCACGCAGCCGCCGCCGCAUCUGGGAGGCCCCACAAUAAUCACAACUACUCCUCCGUCACCGCCUGGCAGCACCCCGAGCCCGCAUCGCCGCCGCCGCCGCCGCUGUCUUAUUCGCCGUCUCCAAGCACCACGCCAGCCACUCAUUACCGCCCUGCAGAUCGUCACCGGUCGUCACGGCGCUCACGCCAGUCCCAGCUGUCUCACCAAGGCUCAGAUCAAAGUCUCGGCCAGCGUGCUCACCGCCCACCGCCUAUCCCAAAUACACACCAUGAGGAUCUUCAACAACUCGACUCCCAGACACUGCAGCACACGCAUCAGGCCCACGAAAAGCCAUCUAAGCGCCUGCCUUCUAGCCAGGACCAGGACCAGUAUGGUGAUGACGACGUUGCCGAUGAUGAUGUCCAAGACCAGGUCCAGACCCAGAGCAUGACCUCCAAAGAUGAGCUCACCAGAGAUGAGCUCAAGGAGAACGGCUUUGUCGAGGUUGAUGCCGAAGGCGUCGAGGCCAUGUUUAACGGAAAUGAGGCAGACCGCGUCACGGCUCAGAAGUUCCAGUCCGAGGUCGUCAAAACCAUCAAGCAAAAUGGAAAGGUCGUCUACAUGGUCGGCCAGGCGACUGCCCAGUGGUGGCUCAGCUCAGAGAUGCAGAAACGGAGAAGGGCUGCCGCACGUCGAAUGUUGGACAUUGGCGGUGCAGUCGUGACUUCUGCCGGCAACGUCAUCAUGAACAACACUCCCAUCGGCGGCGUCGUGACCACGGUGUCAGAUAACGUCACUGCAUUUAGAGCUGCGCCAUUUCGAUACACGAUGCAAGGGCUCGGGAUCAUGAAGAAGGACAAGUCUGCUGCUGCAGCCCUCUCGCCUACAACCAGCGAUGCUCGCCUCUCAAACGACGACAUGUUGGCCACAGAUAACGAUAGACACUUUGCGCCUUCGCCUACGAUAGUCAAGGACGAAGACGAAGACGAUAUGUUAGGUGUGCUAAAUUUCGAUGACGAUGAGGAUGUCAUCUAG